AAAUGUGAUUUCAAAGAUCUCUCAGCCCUCAAAUCUUUAAAUACGUCCAGCAACCGGAUCUCUCAUGUGGACGAUGGGGCUUUUUCAGACCUGGUCGCUCUUCAGGAGCUGAAUCUAGCCAAUAACAGACUCAACACCCUCUCAGACCACCGGUUUCAGGGCCUAGGCAACCUCUCCGUGCUUCGACUAGACCACAACCACAUCAAAAUCAUUUCAUCCUCUACCUUUCAAAAUCUCUCCAGCUUAAAUGUACUAAACUUAACUGGCAACCAACUUUAUCUUCUAAAGAAGCUUCAGACGAUUUUGCCGUUCACACACCUGCAGGAGUUGUACAUUGGGAGCAACGGAUUUACCUCUUUCCAGCCACAGGACAUAUCAAAUAAGUCCAUAGGACUGAGAGUGCUGGAUUUAUCCCAGAAUCCAAUGAGAAUCUUCAGGAUUACAGCUGAUGUUCUUCCUGAACUCCACUAUGUAAACCUCUCUGACUCCGGUCAAAAUGGAAGCAUGACAUGGGAUGCACCAGACAGGUAUUUUCUGAGUAAAAUGAAAAGUCUCCAUUUGAGCUGUGUCCACGUCUUUGAAGGAAGUUAACAUUAGGGCCACUAUGUUCAGAGGACUGACAGCCUUAGAAAAACUCGAUUUGAGUUGGAAUCAUAUUAAAUAUCUACAUUAUGGUGAACUUAAAUAAAUAUGGUGAACUUAUAUAAAUAUUAAAUAUGGUGAACUUAAAUAAAUAUGGUGAACUUAAAUAAAUAUGGUGAACUUAUAUAAAUAUUAAAUAUGGUGAACUUAAAUAAAUAUGGUGAACUUAUAUAAAUAUUACAUAUGGUGAACUUAAAUAAAUAUGGUGAACUUAAAUAAAUAUGAUGAACUUAUAUAAAUAUUAAAUAUGGUGAACUGAAAUAAAUAUGGUGAACUUAAAUAAAUAUGGUGAACUUAAAUAAAUAUGGUGAGCUUAUAUAAUAUUAAAUAUGGUGAACUUAAAUAAAUAUGGUGAACUUAAAUAAAUAUGGUGAACUUAAAUAAAUACAGUGAACUUAAAUAAAUAUGGAGAACUUAAAUAAAUAUGGUGAACUUAAAUAAAUAUGGAAAACUUAAAUAAAUAUGGUGAACUUGAAUCCCCACCCCUUUUCUCUUCUGCCAUCUCUCAAGAUCCUGGUCAUCUCCACUCAUUCCUUUUGGAAUGUUGAAUAUACCCAGGGGCGCAACCUUGGUUUUAGAAGUGGGGGGUGACGACAUAAUAUUAUUAUAUAUUUUGUAUUUUUUUAUCCAGUCAGAUAAACACUCCAAACAGCCUACCCGACUGCUCGGAGGCGUCCGCAUGGUCCUAAAGCACACCCUUGCUUCAUUUGUAUCACAUUCCAAUGGGGGACAACAAUGCAAUUUCAGAAUGUGGGGGGGGAUUUAUUGGCAUUCAACGCAAGGAGUCUUAACAUUUUAAGUUCUUUCACCCAGACACAUUCAUCCACACACCACAGUUGUGGUCCCUUGACAUCAGCCUGAAUGAGUUCACAGCCCCGAGCACGGAGUUGUUUCACCCAAUCCCACGACUCAACAAACUAUACCUGUCUAAAGUCCAACUUCAGUCUUUAGAUUUCAUCAUAGGAGCCAACCUCACUCAACUCAGUUACUUGCAGGUGAUAAAGAAUUACUUUACAGUGGUCAGUGAGACAAUUAUUCAUUCUUUGCCUGCUUUAGCUUACUUUGACCUGCAAGACAAGACUUUCACCUGUGACUGUAGCAAUGCUUGGUUUAUCCAGUGGGCGACAACAGAAAACCAAACGCAGGUUAUUGAUGCCUUUGACUUUACCUGCAACUAUCCGGUCAAUCUAGGUGGUACCAAACUGUUGGACCUUGACACCCACUACUGUUCAGUAGAUAUAGGAUUUUUCUACUUCAUCUCCACCCCUUCUCUGGUCCUCCUAACCUUGCUGGGGUCCUUUAUCUACCAUCUCCUGAGAUGACAGGUGGUCUACGCCUACUAUCUCUCCCAGGCUUAUCUCUAUGACACAAAGCGAAGGAACGUCCGUGUGAUUCAUCAGUAGGAUGCCUUCGUCUCCUACAACGGCCACGACGAGCCCUGGGUCCUGAGGGAACUUCUGCCAGAGCCGGAGGGAAACCAAGGCUGGAAGCUGUGUCUGCAUCCCCUGACUUCCAGCCAGACAAACCCAUCAUUGACAACAUCACGGACGCCGUCUACGGGAGCCGCAAGACCGUCUGCGUGAUCAGCAGCCGCUACCUGGAGAGUGGUGCUCCCGGGAGAUCCAAGUGGCCAGCUUCCGUCUGUUUGAUGAGCAGAAGGACGUUCUGAUCCUGGUGUUUCUGGAGGAGGUCCCAGACCAG